CCAGCGCCCAGUCCUGCAUCGCCUAUUACCUCUCUGCACGCUCUCUACCGCUCUCCCGCCGCCUCGCAUCCUCCGCCGCGCUGCAUGUCAAUGGAGCUGCCCAUCCGCUAGCUACCGUGUUACUCGAGUGCUGCGGGGCUUCCGCACACUGAGGCACUCCACAGGGGACGACGGCCACUGCCCCCAUGUCUGACCACAGCCCCGAGCCGCCGUCCCCGACUAUCGUCUCCGACCGGUAUGCGCCGACAGUUGCAGCUCCCUCUUCCCGCGACAUGACCUCCGCCACCGAGCGCAGCGAUUGGAGCGCGCCCUUUGCUGCCCUCGCCGUCAAGGUGUCGAGGCUGCCAGACGGGCCGGUCAAUGCGCUGUGUGGGGCCUCCGCCGGUGUCGCUUCCGGCAUCGUGACCUGCCCGCUCGAUGUUAUCAAGACCCGUCUGCAGGCACAGGGCUCCUUCCGCCCACGCCCAUACUCAGGACCUGCGCGCGUCGUAUACAAAGGCCUCACCGGAACGGCGCGCACCAUUUGGCGAGACGACGGCAUUCGCGGCCUGUACAGAGGUCUCGGCCCCAUGCUGCUGGGAUACAUUCCCACAUGGGCCGUCUACAUGAGCACGUAUGAGUCUACAAAGGACCUGCUGAACGAGAGGAUGGAGAACAAAUGGCUUGCACGGACAAUCUCCUCGAUAACAGCAGGUGCAUGCUCGACCUUCGUCACAAACCCCAUCUGGGUCGUCAAGACCAGGCUCAUGUCACAAGUCAGCGCUCGCGCCUCGCCAGAACACCGCCCACCGUGGCACUACAAGAACACCUUCGAUGCGUUCCGCAAGAUGUAUGCCACAGAAGGCAUCAGAUCCUUCUACUCUGGUCUCUCGCCCGCUCUCCUCGGUCUCACCCAUGUUGCUAUUCAAUUCCCGCUAUACGAGUAUCUCAAGAUGAAGUUCACCGGUCUGGAAAUGGGCCAGGCAGGCGGAAAGAUGGAGGAGGUGCACUGGUUUGGCAUCAUGGCUGCAACAGUGAUGAGCAAAGUAUGCGCAACAACGGCUACGUACCCACACGAGGUGCUGCGCACGCGGUUGCAGACUCAGCAGCGCUCACUGCCCUCUUCAUCCCACGACCACGUAUCGUUCCAGGGAGGGUCGCAUGGCAUAGGACACCAGACCCGCCCCCCGGGUACAGCGUCCUCUGAUGGCAUGAUCAACAUGCCCAGAUACCGUGGUGUAAUCAGAACCUGUAGCGUCAUACUUCAGGAAGAAGGCUGGAGAGCCUUCUAUAACGGCAUGGGUACCAACAUGGUGCGCGCUGUCCCCGCAGCUGUGACGACCAUGAUGACCUUCGAGUCGCUGAAGCUCGUCCACCUAAAGCUAAAGAUGGAGGGUGGUCGGAUACGAGAAGAAGACGGGCAGUACAGCGGUGCAUGACCGUAACAUUGCACUUGAAGAGCGAUUAACAUCAUGGCGUUUAGCAACGUAGUGGGCUUGAUAUCCCAGUGAGCAUUCCGGUUUCCGUUCUCGCAUGUGUGUACAUACAUCUCAGCAUUAUCUCACGCGCGACAUGCGGCAGCAUCGGAGCCUUCGGCGUUGGCAGGGCACCAGCGGUAUACGGUUUAGAGCUAUCUUACAUCACCU